UAUUAUUAUUAUUAUUAUUAUUGAUGUUGUUGUAGUUAAUAUUGUAGUUUACGUUUAUUAAACUGACAAGAUUAAUAUACGAUCAAACAGCUACUACUUUUUUUUGUAAUAACAACAAUAAUAAUUAAUAUUAUUUUUACUUGUGACCUCGAAGCGAGUCCAUGGCACACGUCCUGACACGUCCUGCUCCAUUCCAGACACCAGAUGACGCUCUUGUCUUACUGUCCUGCCUUUUUUUACGCUAAAGAUCCCCCCCCCUCGCUUCGUCCCCAACAACCAAACAGCUCAAAGUUUACCGGACACGUUUCUCCUAUUCAUCAAUAUCCCCAUUGAGUAUCAAGCCAAUUUAUGACUGGCCAACACAUGCACGUGAUCGCAUACAAAUACCCCAUAUUUGGGCAGUGCGCUCCGGAUCAAGAAUUAAAAAAAGAGAGAAAAGAUACCAAAGCCUACUCCACCUAUAAAUCCUGGAUUAUUUUUUCUUCUUCUUUAGGACAGACAGCUGUGAAUUUUCCAUUAGAGGCUACAAAGAAAAAGCAAUGAGCAACAAAACACAGGAAAUACCCGCAAGCCUCGCACCGCAUGUAGUUUGAAAAGAAAGUGUUGGUGGGUAGAAUUAGUUUUGAAAUGAACUCUCAUGUUGAGCGCUCCAGCUUUGGGCAAACACGGGAGACAACUUCUGCUAACAGCAUGUUUACUUUCGAUGGAUCUGGGCGCACGUCCAGCCGUUAUGAGGGUGUUAACGUGAACGGGAUUUACUCCUGUCCCGUCCCCACGACCUCUGCGCAUCGCGAGGAGAUCAAAACUAGCCUGCGUGGCAGCACGGAUCCUCCGCCCGGACCGCAAAUAAGCAUGCUCUCCAGCGGUUCACUCUUGGAGGCGAGCGGGCUCGAGUACGGACGAGGCACGGACAGAGACCCCGAGAGAGGCGUGAAACGCGGAGGCAACAGGAGCCAGGAGGGCGACCAAAACGCGGAAAGGGCUCAGACAGUGAAAAGAAACCCAAAUAUGCACCAGCGUCAGGACAGUGAACAGCGGCCGCAGAUUUAUCCCUGGAUGACAAAACUGCACAUGAGCCACGAAUCGGAGGGUAAGCGCUCCAGGACCAGUUACACCCGCUACCAGACUCUGGAGCUGGAGAAAGAGUUUCACUUCAACCGCUACCUGAGCCGCCGAAGGCGCAUAGAGAUCGCCAACAGCCUGUGCCUAAACGAGAGGCAAAUCAAAAUCUGGUUCCAGAACAGAAGGAUGAAGUGGAAGAAGGACUCAAAGAUCAAAGUGAAGGAGUAAAAGAAAGAAAAGCAGCACUUUUUUUUUUGCACCUCCACACUUGCACAUUAGAGUCGGAGUUGCCCGCCUGACCUUCGGAUGAACCGCUAUAAGGAGCAAUGACAUCAUGACACGGUUCUGUGUGCUUCAUCACCAAUUAUGUGUCACUUUCUGCGGUUUGGAACCUAAUGUAUUGAAUAUCGCUCACUAUGAUCAAUCGGUUUACAUUUCUAAAUUAAUUUGCUUGCUAUGCGAUGAUAACCCCACUUUACGGUGAAAAAAACGCGAAGGUCUAGUGGGAGAAGGAUCCUUCAAGGCGUUUGGUCCAGAUUGCGCUUAAAAAAAAGCUGCACAACGUUAUUCAUUUUGGUUUAUAGUAUAGGAUAUUAAAAAAAGGGUAGUUACCGAGAGUUCUGGGGGUCAUUUCCAUCUUCUUUAGCGUGCUAUUAAAAAUUAAGGUCAGUGAGCAAGAAAAAUAAAAUUAGUUAAAAAAAGUAUUUGUCCUCUUGUUUUCUUUUGAGAAAUCAGGAUUUGUUGAAGGUAUGAUGUGUCUGUGAUCGGUUUGUCAUUCAUGCUGUCUGUCAUAACCUUGUGAUUGUGUAUGAUAACACUGUAAUGUGCAAUGAAGCUACGUCUGUUUCCCUUAGUAAACUAAAGGUGCCUGGUACACACAAGGCCUGCUUGAUGGCCAAUUUGUUGAUUGUAAACAAUAAAGUCGUUAAAAAAAC